AUGAAGCGAAUUCCCGAAAUUGUGGAAGAAGGAGACAAGCUCCCCGGUGGUGCGCGGCGUCCGCCUGGUGAGGCAGUUGAGGUAAGAGGCCAGUGUCAGCAGGGGAUCCUCGCCGCCGCAGGUGGGGGAGAGGAUGGUGAGAAGGAAGUUGCCAGUUUGCUGAGACGCAGGCAAAUCCUUCUCCCUGAAUCCCAUGUUGACACGGCUCUUGCAGCAGAUGUUGCAGCGGUCGAAGGGGUACGUCUUGAACUUGGAGUCCGAGGCGUCAGUCAGGAAGGCCUGGAGGGGGGAGUUGAAAGAUGA